AUGACCAAGGUAUCAAGGAACGCCGGUAAUGGAAACACAGAUAAAGUGUGGCCAAACUAUCCUCGUAAAGAUCCGCCGCCCAAGAGGUCGAGACCUUCAUCUCCUCCCAAUACCUCGAAAACGCCGAUAGGCAACGCGUCCACGCAAGACGCUGCUGUUUCACCUCCCGCCUCCGAGUUAAAAGACACGACGGCUUCCUCCUCCUCGGGCUCCGACAAAGAAUCGAUGUUGCCGGAAGCUGAAGGCGGAUCUAGUCCAAGUCCGACAUCGGCUGCUAAUGUUUCAGGCGGCCCCUCAGAGGGCUCGAGACGGGAGGGACAAUUGACGGCGAAUCUGGCGAACCCGAAAGUUCUGGAGUGCCCUAACUGCUGCAGACCUCUUUUCUCCCGCUUCCCCGUGUAUCAGUGUACCAACGGGCAUAUAUUAUGUUCUCCAUGCUGCAGAGACUACAAUAAUAAAUGCACAAUCUGCCGCCGUGUGAUGGGAAUCCAUCUCAGAUGUCUGGAGAAGGUUGUAGAAUCUCUCACUUUCCCGUGUGACAACUCAUCAUUUGGCUGCAGCAAGGUGUUCUCGAGCCAUCGCGAUAAGCUGGAUCACGAGGGGACGUGCGAGUUCAUCCCUUAUUAUUGCCCGUUCACCAGCUGUGAAUUUUCUGGCCUGUACAAUGACUUGUACCGUCACUUCACUCAGGCACAUCCGCAUCGCGCCAGAAAGUUUGAUUUUGGCUCGGUCAUCUCAAUUGUUGGCGAUUACAAUGACACUGUUGUCCUCCAGGAAAGGAUCCACAGUACAGUUUUUGUGUGCACCUGCUCUGUAGAAUCCCAGGGGACUGAAGUCGAUGUCGUAUGUGUGGGCCCCUCGACUGCUAAGGGUGCCCCAUUUUCGUGCGAUCUCACGGCAAAGUUUUUACCCCUAUUACCGUACGGUCGCACAGCAAAGCAUGGUGAGGACACACGCACGCCCACGUUGUUGAACAUGAAGAUGGGUGUGGAGUGCGUGCAGGAAAGGACGGAACAGUCGUGCAAGGGGAAGUAUCUUUUCCUUCCAGCGAAACUGAUGGACGAUCGUAGGCUCGAGCUGGAACUUAUUAUAAGGGGGAGCCAAGCUUAG